AUGUUUGUAACUGAUAAAUUUUACAACACACCUACAGCACCAAAGUUUGGUCGUUACCGCAUCGGUUUAAUAUUUGGUAUUCUAUUAUUUCUAAUUGGUUUAGCUUCGCUGAUAUUUUCGAUCAUCGAUUUGUUCCAUGGAAAACCAAGUCAGUUGCACUAUAAUGAACUUAAUGGAGGAUUAAAAAUUGAAAAUCCUUUAUGGCCAUCAUCUGGCAAAGGAUUUUGGGUUGGUUUGAUCUUAAUGGCCACGGGUGUUAUUGGUAUAUUGGCUUCUCAUGAACGUACCGUCUCCUGUAUCAUUGCCUUUGCUAUUUUGUCGACUGUAUCAGCAAUUCUCUCAUUUUACAUGAUGAUCACGUGUAUCAUUCCUGUACAAUAUGAUGUAACAAGAACCAAUUCCAAAACUCGUAGUGAAGCGGAUCGAAUUGAAUUAAUUAUGAAUUCAUUGUUAAUAGCUGCAGGCGUUCUUGGAAGCAUUGUUGGAGGUUUAGCAUCGAUUUUCUCGUAUAAAUUUGCCGGAUGGUGUUCAAAUCAGCGUGUUAUUGGUGGUUAUGCUCAAAUGCCCCAACAGGCAAUGCCACCACGUUCACCGUAUCUUCCUGGAAGCAGAUAUUAUCCACCGCAGCAACAUAUGACAUUUCCCCCGAAUAUUGCCGCUACUGAUCAUAUUCUGAUAUCUCAAAGUUGGAAUCGUCCAUCUGUUAACGAUCGGCAGUCAAUCGAUGAUGCACUACCUCAUCUCAUUCAAAAACAUCAACAACUUUUCUUCGAACAACAACAACCAUCAAAUCCAAACACAAUUGAUGAUAUCGGUAUCCAGGUUGAAAAACAAGAUGAAGUACAAAGAGCCUCAACCUUACCGAAUGAACGCUCAUCACCAACGAGAAAUAAAAGUGAUGCAAAUAAUAAACAUCCAACGAACGAACAACUUUAUUCAACAUCAUAUAAUAGAAAAACUAAUCAAAGUACUGAUACUCAAAUAUCAAUUAAAUUCAUUGAUUUACAUGCAGUGUACGAGAUCAUUGAUCAGUCAUAUUCAAAAGUGAGAAAUUGGUAUUUACUCAUUUCACAGACGAAAUUAGAUCUGGAUUUUAUCAUGUCUGUCAACGAUUAUUUGGAUCGAUUAAAGGCAUCGGUAUAUAAAGAUUUAAUUCGGAAAGAAACAUUACAUCGAAAUGGAAACAAUCAUUCGAAAGCUCUGGUUGCUUUAUUGCGCUGUAUGUGUAAAAUAUCCUAUGAACAAGCUCUUGAAGUUACAUCGGAUUUGACUGCAAGUAAACGUGCUGUGUUGUACACAAUGACAGCUAUUGAACAUAUCUUACAAGAAAAUUUUCCGGCCAAAAAACCAUUACUUAAUUACAUCCUAAACGAAUAUAUCAGUAUGUGGUUACAUGAAAAUUUACGUGUUAUUCAAGAAGAUUUUACUGUAAUAGCUGAGAAUGCCACCAAGAAUAACUUUCUCUCAUUGUGUAUCUGUCUAUUUCAUAAACUUGACUCAUGUUGUCAUCUCAAUUGGCAACGUUUACAAAUGAUGCAAAAUUUUCGCCUAAUUAACUUUCAAAAUCUUAUGAAACCACUAGGUGUGAAACUCGAUCAACAACCCGAAUUCCUUUCACAAUUAGGUGGAAUACAAGAACAUACAAUGAAAUACUCAGAUAUACCACAAACACAAUUGUACAUCUAUCGAACUGAACAAGAAAUAAUAAGUUUAAAUGAUAUUCAGCAAACAUUUCGAAAAUGUGUGGCCAAAGGUAUUCUCGAUGAUCGGGUUUCUGAAGAAGUUCUAGCAAUCGACACUUUAUCACAGAUGUCCGUCAGACCACCAUCAAUCAAGACUGAUAUUGUCCCCCAUAUUCUGAUGCAUCCAACCGAAGUUGCUCAGCAAAUGACAAUACAACGAACAUCCACAUUGCCUCUCAAGAGUAACGAUGACGUACAGCGAAAACUUCGACUAACACCAAAAGGAUCCGUAUCGGAAAAAAAUCAUGGAAUAGAAUCGGAAACGUUGAAACAAGAGUUGACUGAACCUGAUACUAAUGUGGAAAAAUUAGUUACUAAAAAUCUGAACACAUUCCUCUUCUCAUCUCAAACACCUUUUCAAAGUGUUCAACAACAAAUUGAAACUAAACAGCCAUCACUGGAAGUAGCUGAUUUAGAAUCACCGCAAAAACAAUUCACGUUUGAUACUGAAAAUUCGCUGCCACAACAACAGCAGACGAAAACACUAGCACCACGAAGUACUUCCAAAAAAGACAAAUCAGGAUCUAGAACAAGUCAGUCAAUGUAUUUACCAGUCACCGAUGAACGUAAUCAAUAUCGUCUAACGUUUGGCGAAAUGCUUCCUAACCGUAACACGUAUCCCACAAAUGAAAUUAUAUGUUGGCAACCUAGCGUUCCUCCACCAGCACGUAUGGCAUCGUCCCAAGAGCAACUGAAACUUAUACAAACAUCUCCGAAAAAACAACAGCUGAGCGGCGAAGAUACAGCAAGAUUAACAGUACUGAAUGAAAAGCUAAUUAAAGAGUCACUUGCAUUACAACAACAUCAGUUGGGAACAGUAGUAAACGGAGAAAAAGAUAAAUUUGACGUUGACCUUAUGAGUUACGAUAAUCUAGGAGAACUAACGAGAUUGAGUGGAAGUUUUAUUAAGGUGCAUUUAGCGCAGCAACUACAAGAAAUGCGAAAGAAUAAAGAGAACUUACCAUUGAGGUAUUAUAGAAUAAACGACAAAUGGAUCUCUGAGGGCAUCAUUUUUGUACUAAUUUUUUUGAGAGCUUCUCCCCUAGCAGUCUUCGUACCACCUGAAGAACAGCUUGAAAUAUUGAUCAAAUUACAACCAGAGCAAAUGACCGCAGAAGAUAUGAAUCGCUUAAUUCUGAUGAAUGAUAAAUUACUCAAAUCAUACUUAUUACUACAACAGCAAGAACAAGCGCAAAUCAAGCUUUCCACACUAAAAACAUCGUCAUUAGCUGUUGUUGAUAAUGCACAGUUAAAAAAGCUGAAAAACUCUACACUACAAUCUUCAUCAAGGAGUGAAGGUCGUGAAGCAAUAUUAAACGAACUAAUACUGUUAACACAUAUUAAUGACUUAGAUAAUCGAUCAAGUUUAGUUGACGAAAUUAUGAUUAGGAAAUAUUUGAAUAAAGAAAAACAAGAGGAUAGUUUUGAAUGUCAGAGAAGUCUUUCAAGUCUCUCAACUCGUUCGACACAAACAACAAGUUCAGCACGAGAGAAACAACUUGAACUUGACCGCAAUUUAUCAUCACUUUCAAAAAUGAGUAAACCAGAUACGGAAGAACAAGAUACCUCGUCAACGAUUCAAGUUGAUAGCGAAAAUAAACCAAAUAUAAGUCAAAUAUCGAUAACCACACAAUUCGUUAAGCCAGCUCCAUCUGCUCCUACGACAGAAGUAAAAUUGUUGCAAGAAAAACAACAUACAUCUAUUGAUACGAAUAAAACAUUGGUCCAAGACAAUAUUAUUCACGAGAAACCGUUUUCAGAAACAUCUCUGUCGACGAAAAGUAAAGGAAUGAGUGAUAGAUGCAGCAAGUCGAUCAGAGGAUCAUCAGAUAGCGAUGAACGAACAACAAGAGACUUGAAAAGAACACUUUCACCAAAACAAAAUUCAGGGAAGCCUCUCCAAUCAGCAACAACAAGUUCAACAUUGAAUUUAGAACUGAAUGCAUUAAUUGAUUUUUUGAAAAAUUUAAUGCAGCAACAAAUAUCUCAUCGGUGGCAACAAUCACAACAAAUGAGAGAUCCACGACGAAUACCCCAGAGUACUUUACUUGAACGUUGUCUAACAGGCGAGACAGGUCAAUUGAAAGAUUUAUAUCAUGAUCUAAAUUCGUUGGACGUCAACGACCCAACAUUCAUCGCCGCAUUUACUCGCGCACUACGAAAAGAACUUGAAGAUGCACAUUUAAUGACCAACUAUGAUAGAAGUGAAUAUGGUGUAAUUGCUGAGUCUCGAAUAGGCAAAUUGCCAUUUGAAACACAGACAGCGCUGAAACUAUCCACAAAUGUUACUGCAUUCACGUGCCAAGACGAAAAGAUUGUUUAUGAUGGUAAGAUUGAUUAUGACUGUGUCAUUGUCGAAGUGAUACAUGAUCCGUCCAGGUGUUUACCAAAUCCAGAUUAUUGUCAUCCGAGUAAGCGAAAAAAAAUCAUGUCAAUUCACCAGACGUAA